AUGGGAUCUUUUCGGCGACCUCGCUUUAUGAGCUCACCUGUGUUAUCAGACCUGGCCCGCUUUCACGCCAGUUCAACGGCUAUGCAGCUCUCUAAUGCAAGUAUCUGGAACAGUGUCCAGACUGCUGUCAUCAAAGUGUUCCAAGGAGGAGGGCUUCAGAUGAACGAGCUCUACAGUCUGAAUGAAAGUAUCAGAUGGCUUCAAAGAACAGAACUAGGCUCCUUCAUUACAGAAUACUUUCAGGAUCAGCUCUUGAACAAAGGACUGUCACACAUGUUGGAGAAAAUUCAGCUUCAUGAGGAUGAAAAGUGUCUCGAAGUUCUGUCUGAGAUGUGGGUAAAAUUUUUUACAGAGAUCCUGCCAACCCUUCAAGCCAUAUUCUAUCCUGUGCAGGGCCAGGAGCUGACUGUAAGGCAAAUGGCGCUAUUGGGUUUUAGGGACCAGGUCUUGUUAAAACUUCCUCUUGAGAACAUGCUGCACUCUGCCUCUUACCCUUCCUCCAUAAUACAAAUGCUGCUCAUACUACAGGGCAUUCAUGAACCCAGUGGGUCUAGUAAAGAGUACUUUAUUUUAGAGAGAUUGGUGGAUAUGGUUAUAUCACCCUACUUGAGUAACUACCUCUACAUGAAUCACAUACACUCUUCCUCAGAUUGUCAUUUGGAACACUCCAAGUCUGCACCACACUUUGACCAGCCUGAGAUCACAAUCACCCACUUUGCUGCAGAAUCAUUGCUGACACCUCUUGUGGAACAGGAAGGUGAGGUGUACCUGGAAAGGACUGCUGGAAUACGACGCCACACAGUAGCCAAUAUUCACUCAGAGAUCCAACUUCUCUCCAUCACAAACAGAAAUGACGGCAGUGGGGUGGCCAUAUGA